AUGUCGCGCAAAAACGAUGCCCUCUGGGGAAAAGCAACGCUGCUUCCAUCGCUCCCGUUGGAGAUAUGGCUGCUCAUAUGUGAAUUCUUGGGCCUGGAAGACCUCUGUGCCAUGAUUAUGACCUGCAGCUACAUGAAAACUGCUCUCAACUCCAUAUUAUACAAACGCGCAAUCAUUACUGGUGUGCAUAAGCCGAUGUUUCUAUACGCGGCCAUUUGGGGCAGGGCUACUGCUAUAUCCAAAUUCUUGAAGGAAGGGGUUUCAAUGUCGGAAUUUGACAGCCACAAAUACGGAUGGCUUCUCGAAGAUUAUCACGAUCUAAUCGAUACCAAAAGGCGCACUCCAAGGCUGGACCCGGACGUUCAUCCACUAUUUGCUGCUGCAUAUUUUGGUCAGGCUGAUGUCGUGAGGACCAUGCUCACGGAAGGCAAUGCGAACGUUGACUUCACGGAUGACUCUGGAAGGACUGCGUUGGUUUAUACGGCCAGGAGUGGUAAUAUUGACGUAGCCAAAAUUCUACUGGAGCAUGGUGCAAAACUUAUGGAAAACGCUCAAGCUAGGACUCAAAACGAAUAUUCACCACUUACAUAUGCAGCAGGAACUGGCAGCACAGAGGUAUUUGAGCUGAUUUAUUCAGAGCUCCAGCGUCGUUCUACUUCAGAAAAGACUAUUUUGAAUCAGUGUGAACAAGCCUGUGCUCUAGCAUGUCAAUAUGGGAGAACCGAUAUAGUCGAAUUUUUCCUUCUGAAAGGCACUGUCAGGGUUAAUUCUUAUAUUGGAGAUAAAGGCUCUCUACUUUACCGUGCGUCUAUAACGGCAAAUUCCAAAAUGAUAAGACUAUUAGUGAGGUAUGGGGCAAAAAUGGAAAAUGAACUGGAUACUGGUUUGGUGUCUGUGUUUAAAUCUUUCCCAUUACCAAAAGCAACUGAUGUUGCUACCCAACUUUUGAAGUUGGGUUGUAACGUUGCAAAUGGCAAUCGCCAUGCCUGUGGUUUAUGGCGUAUAGCCAGAGGAUAUAGGGGGGAGCAGAAGCCUGAACUCAAACUGAUUGAACUCCUCCGAGAAAAGGGAUUCAAUAAGGAUAAUUGCCAGGAUGGAUGUUGGGGAAAAGGAGGAAAAGGCAGAUAUCGCUUUAAAUGGGAAGACAUGUUCAGCGAGAGAUUCUUCGACUAUAUCAAGGGAGGUAAUAAUGCAUAG